AUGGAUGCUCCGAGGAGAGUUACUAUCAAGGAAGCGGGUGCACCGGAUUAUGUCCUUCAACCCCUUCAUGUAACUCACCCCAACUUGAAUGCGAACUUCGAAUUGAAGACUGCUUUGAUCAACCUCCUACCCAAGUUUCACGGACUUCCCGCACAAGACCCUAUUCGACAUCUCAAGGACUUCCAUCGCAUAUGCUCGACUACUAGACGGGAAGGGUCCGAUGAAGUUGCUAUAUGGUUGUUUGCUUUCCCUUUCUCUUUCGAAGACAAGGCUAAAGAAUGGUUCUACACCCUCUCGAGUGAAGUUACCUCCGAUUGGGACUUACUUAGAAGGGGAUUCUUGGAUAAAUUCCUACCUCCGGAAAAGAUGGAUAGGCUAAGGAAGGAAAUGUCUUGUAUUGUGCAAGGGAUGCGAGAGCAAGAUAGAACCCUCUUGGACACUUCUAGCAAUGGUUCUUUGUCCAAAUAUAAAACCGCGGAGGAGGCAUGGCGACUUAUUAUUGACUUAGCCGAAUCCAAUCAACAUAUGAGGCGAAGAGUCAACCGUCCAAGGACCGUGAAUGAGGUAUCAACUAGUAGUGAAACCACCGCUCUAACUCAAUCCUUGAAUGAGAUGACAUCCAUCUUGAAGCAACUCCAAUUGAACCAACAACAACCACAACCUCAAUCAUACCAACAACAACACCCUCCACCACCUCAACAACACAACCAACAAUUGGUCCCUCAAAGAGUAUGUGGCAUUUGCUCUUGCUACUCUCACUACACGGAUGAGUGCCCAAGCCUUCAAGAAGAUAACACUUUGGCGGCUACCCAUAAUUUCUAUGACCGCCCCAAUCAAGGGUACUACCAAGGCGGCCAAAAGGAACUACAAAACACACUUGCUUCCAGUCUCACCGGCCUCACCUCUACACUACAAGCUCUUCUUGCACGCAUGGAUACAUCAUCAAAUUCCACCCCUCAACCCCCAAUCCAAAGCAUCAUUCCCUCUCAACCUCAACCCAAUCCGAAGGGGAGUAUCAAUGCUAUCACCCUUAGAUCCGGAACACAAUUAAAAGAGAAAGAAGCAAAGGACCUCAAUCCCAUCACGACCACCCAAGAGGAUGAGGGAAUAGAUAUGGAAGAGGUAGAGGAAGGGGAGACACCACAAGCCAUAGUUGAGGAUGAAGCCCAACCAACAAGGGAGACAACCAAGGCCAAAAGAACCUUGGAAGAAGAAGUUGCUCAACCACUCCCAUUUCAAACACUUGCGAAGAAAGCUAAAAGGCGCAUAGAACUUGGCCCCAAAAUGGUAGAAAUGUUCAAGAAAGUUGAGGUAACCAUUCCCCUCUUUGAUGCUAUCCAUCAGGUUCCUAGAUAUGCGAAAUUCCUCAAAGAUCUAUGCAUCAACAAGGAUAGAAUUCUUGAAUUGGAAACCAUCCCAUUGGGGAGUUCUAUUUCCGCUUUAAUGGGAGCAUUGCCCGAGAAGUGUGAUGAUCCGGGCCCUUGUAUGGUUACUUGCACAGUCAAUGGAGUUCAAUUUAGAUAUUGUAUGUGUGACCUCGGAGCAUGUGUUAGCAUCAUGCCGCUCUCCGUCUACCGGGUAUUGAAGUUGCCACCACUAAAAAGGUCGACGGCAAGAUUCGUCCUAGCAGAUAAAAGCAUAAUAACCGUAGCGGGUGUCGCGGAAGAUGUGUUGGUGAACAUAAAAGGGUUGGUGUUUCCGAUUGACUUCUAUGUCCUUGAAAUGCCAUCAAGCGAAACCGAGAGAGCAUCGUCUAUCCUACUUGGAAGACCAUUCUUGAGAACUUCUAGAUUUAAACUUGAUGAUUACUCGGGGAACUACUCAUUUGAAAUAGAUGGGAGAAUUGUAAGCUUUAGCCUAGAGGAAGCAAUGAAGCAUCCACCGGAGAACCACUCUUUAUUUCGGUGUGAUCCAAUCGACAACAUAGUGGCCGAAGUGCAUCUAGCAAAGUUAGAUGAGAAGUAUAUGGUUGAAGAAGCAAAUGAAAAGUCAAGUGAACUAAAUACCACACAUCAUACAAACCAUCCGGAAACUCAAACUUCAAAGAAUGACAAGAAGAUGGAAUUGAAGCCACUACCACCUCACUUAAGGUAUUCAUACCUUGAUGAAGCACAAGAGCUACCCGUAAUAAUUGCACAAGAGCUAACCCCUCAACAAGAAGAAAAAUUGCUAAACGUAUUGAGAAAAAACAAAAGGGCAAUCGGGUGGAGUUUGGCGGAUCUAGUGGGAAUAAGCCCCAAAGUAUGCGAGCACCGCAUAUUCCUUGAAGAAUGA